AUGCUCUCCAAGGCGCUGGUGGGAGCGGCGAUCGCGGCAUGCGUUCCAGGAGCGUUCGGGUUCGCUCCAGCAGGAGUGAGCCUGAUGAAGACUCGCUCCUUGAGCCUCCGGGGACCUCGCAUGGCGGGAGAGAAGGUCGGAAACGUCAACGAAAUCCCUCCAGGCGAGCGUAAGAUCACCAAGGUCGGCGAUCAGGACGUCAUGGUAGUCAACCACAAGGGCACCGUGUAUGCUCUGAGCCCUAAGUGCCCUCACUUGGGUCUUCCCAUGAAGACGGGUGAGAUCUCCGACGAUGGUCCCUGCAUCAAGUGCAAGUUCCACGGAAGCAAGUUCAAGCUCGACGAUGGCAAGUGCGUGGAGUGGAGCACGGGAGUUCUGGGCAUCCCUGGCACUCAGGCUCUUGGAGGCUUCAUCGGCAACGUCGGAGGCGCCAAGAACUCUCCGGCCACCGUGUUUGCAGUCGAGGUCGAUGCUGAGGGAGGCAUCAUCGUUGACACCAGCAAGACUGGUAGAAGUGGCGUCGCUGCCUAAGUGUCUUAUGUUGCCUGCGCUUCCAGUGAAGCUGGGCUGGUGUGUUGGUACACUGAGUUACUCUCGUUUC